AUGACGUUUACAACCAUCGAUAUCGAGGAAGUGAAGACCUAUACAGAUGCCGCACUUGCGGCACUACAGCACGAAUUGCGGGAAUUGAACCAUCAGGUAUAUAUAUUCAUCAUCCUGACCGGAGCUUUUAUCUACAAGGCUAACAAGUUUGGUGGUGAUUAUCAGAUCUGGUCAAACCCCGAGCUUGCCUACCAGGAGCAUCGCGCCCACGACAAAAUUUGUGACUUCCUGGAACGACAAGGUUUCGCCGUUACUCGCCACGCCUAUGGGCUUGAUACAUCCUUUGAGGCUGUGAGCGGUACUAGUGGGCGAUUGAUCAAUUUCAACGCCGAAUAUGACGCAUUACCUGGAAUUGGCCAUGCUUGUGGUCACAAUCUAAUAACGACAAGCAGUAUGGCUGCAUUCCUUGCACUGUCGUUCGCUAUCAGGAAAUUUAAUGUUCCCGGCAGAGUCCAACUAUUAGGUACGCCGGCCGAGGAAAAUGGAGGCGGAAAGGCCAAAUUGAUUGAUGCUGGAGCCUACAAAAACGUCGAUAUCUCGCUAAUGGCGUAA